CAAACUUUUUACAAUCUGCACAUAUUUUUCACUUUAGGGAUGCAACAAAUCUGUACAAUACCAGACUCAGAUCAUUAGAAUCAAACCCCCCGAAAGUGUGGCUCAAGUGGUAGAGUGCCUGCUUAGCAAAUGCAAGGACCACAGUUUGAUUUUCAGCACCACAAGAAAAAAGAACAGAAAAAAAUAAAAACCCCAAGGCGAGGCGUUUGGGGGCUACCUGGGAGGGUGAAGCCUGUCUCAGGUUCCUCUGCCCUUCCUGUUGGCUCAGCCUUGCCUAGAGCUCGGGGCAGGGCCUGCCAGCCCACAGCAGACAGCCCUGAGCGGCCAGGUCCUGGGCCCUGUCACUCCAGCCUGCCACUUCUCCUGGCUACAGUUUAAGUAGCCCUGGGCUUGGUGUCAUGUGAUCAAAUUUGUCAUCUCUUUGAGGACUUGCCAAACUGGAGAGGCAGCUUUACAGGACAAGUCAAACUUCAGAGGAAACUGGACAGCCAGCGACAGCCACCCAGCUGGGACCAGCGCAGAGCCAAAGGGAAGCUUGGUCCUCUACGUUGCUGAGUGACCUCUGGUGUGGGCAGCAGGAUGGAGAACGACUCUCUAGGCCUUGAGAUCCAAUACGAGGACUACAGUGAUCUCCCAGACGUCCCUGUGGACUGUCCCAACGGCGCCUGCCUCUCUCCCAGUGUCCUCCACGUGGCCCCACUGGUCCUCUACGCCACCAUCUUCCUCCUGGGGGUGCCGGGCAACGCCAUGGUGGCGUGGGUGACUGGGAAGGAGGCGGGCCGCAGGGCAUGGGCCAUGUGGUUCGUGCACCUGGCGGGGGCUGACGUGCUGUGCUGCCUGGCUCUCCCUGUCCUGGCCGUGCCGAUCGCAUGGCAGGGGCACUGGCCGUUUGGGGCGCUGGGCUGUCGCCUGCUGCCCUCCGCCAUCCUGCUGUCCAUGUAUGCCAGCGUCUUGCUCCUGACUGCGCUAAGCGGGGACCUCUGUCUUAUGGCGCUGAGGUUCCCUUGGUGGGUGGUGGCUUGGCGGAGCCGGGGGGUGCAGGUGGCCCGGGGGGCAGCCUGGAUGCUGGCCUUACUGCUGACCAUCCCCUCAGCCGUCCACCGCCGCCUGCACCAGGAGGCCUUCCCCUCCCGGCUGAUGUGUGUCAUGGAUUACGGUGGCUCUGUCACCACCGAGGUCCUGAUCAAUGCCAGCCGCUUCCUCUUUGGUUUCCUGGGGCCCCUGGUGUUUGUGGUGGGCUGCCACAGUGUGCUCCUGAGCCGUGUGGCCCCGUGUUACUGGCCAUUGAGUAUAGCAAUCAUAGUGGGUUUUUUUGUCUGCUGGGCUCCCUACCACAUCCUAGGGGUAGUGCUGACUGUGGCUGCUCCAAACUCUGUGCUCCUGUCCCGAGCUCUGCAAGUCGAACCCUUUGUCGUGGGCCUGGCUCUGGCUCGCAGCUGCCUCAAUCCCAUUAUCUUUCUGUACUUUGGGCGUGCCCAGUUGUGCCGAUCACUGCCGGCUGCCUGUCGGCAGGCUUUGAGGGAAUCCCAGGACAAGGAGGAAAGUACCACCAGCAAAGUAGUCACCAAUGACCUCAUGUCCGAGAUGGAGAUAUAAGCAAGAAGGAUGCUGGGGUUGAAUCUCCUAGCUCUCAUUUUUUUGUGUUUGUGUGUGCCUAGCUCUCAUUUUAUGAAAUGGCUUCAGGUAUGGUUGGAUCAAUACUUCAACAAUGUCUUAAUUUCAUUUGACUAACAUUCAUCAUGUGGUGUGAGGCCUUAAUAUAGUAGGUACUGGUACUCAGCCGCUUUAGCCAUUGUUUGUAAGACACUUCACUGCCUUGUUUGACAAUUGUGCUGUGUACUGGAAUAUGUUUCUCAUAGAUGUGAUUAACUAUUAACGAAGUUCCGUUACUAGAUAAGGGCCAAUUCCUGGAGCCUAUGUGACUAUAGCUUCCCCUCACCUCAGUGACAAAAUGCAGACUCUAGGAAACAAGUCAAGGACCCGAAUUCCAGGGAAGACGUAAACAACCCCCUUCUUGCAGUAAACUCCCCAAGCAACAGAUCAGCAGAUAAAUACUUGAAGUGCCAGGAGUUCCACCAGGCAAUUAAGAUAAUCAAUAAGGUCUGGGAAUAUGGCCUAGUGGCAAGAGUGCUAGCC